CUCGAGGUUGCGCAUGCGCAGUCGUGCGUGUCUGACCUUCACCGACUCAAAAUGUUCGCGAGGAGCAGCGCCCUGGUUUUCCACCCACAAUGUGGGCAGGUCAGGAACAUGGCUACCCUGAAGGACAUCACCAUUCGAUUGAAAUCCAUCAAGAACAUUCAGAAAAUUACAAAGUCUAUGAAGAUGGUGGCCGCUGCCAAGUAUGCUCGCGCUGAGAGGCAGCUGAAGCCGGCCCGCGUCUACGGCACGGGUGCCAUGGCUCUGUAUGAGAAGGCUGAGAUCAAGGCGCCCGAGGACAAGGCCGCCAAGCACGUGCUCAUCGGCGUCACCUCCGACCGUGGACUCUGCGGCGCCAUCCACUCUGGUGUGGCCAAGUUCAUCAAGGCUGAGAUCGCCACCCUGACCAGCAUCGGCAAGGAGGUGAUGGUCGUAAAUGUUGGAGACAAGCUGAGAGGCCUGCUGCACCGAACUCAUGGGAAGCACAUCAUGUUGAACUGCAAGGAAAUCGGCCGUAAGCCCCCCACCUUUGGAGAUGCCUCCAUCGUCGCUACCGAGCUGCUCAACUCUGGAUACGAGUUUGACCAGGGCUCCGUUGUCUACAAUAGAUUCAGGUCUGUUAUUUCUUACAAGACGAGCCAGGCGCCAGUGUUUUCCAUUGACACAGUUGCCAACUCAGAAUCCAUGGGCAUCUAUGAUGACAUCGACGCUGAUGUGCUGAGGAACUACCAGGAGUUUUCUCUGGUGAAUGUUAUCUACCUGGCCAUGAGGGAGUCUUCCACCAGUGAGCAGAGCGCCAGGAUGACUGCUAUGGACAGCGCCAGCAAGAACGCCUCUGAGAUGAUCGACAAGCUGACCCUCACCUUCAACCGUACCAGACAGGCUGUCAUCACCAAGGAGCUCAUUGAGAUCAUCUCUGGAGCUGCUGCUCUGCAAUGAGGCUUGUCUUAAGAGGAGGUAACAUGGUGGAGUAGAGCUGAGUGUUAGAAUCCCUGCUGGGUUAGUUUUAGCGGUAGUAGUGUGUCACAAAUAUAUUUAAAAGACAUAGAUGGUAGCUUUACACAGUCAUCAGAUGCUUCUGAAAGUCACUUUUUUUUUUGCAUUUUAUUCUGUAUUUUUAUUCUGUUUUCUUUCUUUGCAGAUAAAUGGGAAGGAUAAUUUCCAUUGCUGAUAAACUCUUCAGAGAACUU